CCGUGAAGUCCAUGGCCAUGAAGGUUGUGAAGGCCGCGAAGGCCGCUGCUUUCCUCUGUGCAAACGGGAGACGUUUAGUUUUCCUCCAGAUGUCGUCUCGCCUCAAACAGAAUGACUUGUCUCACCCUGUGGACUGAUCUUCACUGAUCUUUGUCACUGAAUCAGCAGCGGUUUUGCACAGAAGCGCCUCCACUUCCUCUCUAAUGCUUUUUAGCAGAGGCUCCACCGUCUUUUACAUCUCUCACUGUUUAGGACUCUUUCAGCUGCAGGCUCUCUUUGGAGAACGAAUCCACUUGUUUCUCCAUUUCUGUUGUUUUCUUAAAGUCUUUGAGCACCUUCGACUGGAGCAGAACCGACUUAGCAAUAGCCGCUAACGUAACACUUUGCUGCUUCGUUUGUAAGCCAAUUUCUUCUAUGCGGUCAUCUGCUUCCUUCUGCCCCCAGGAACUUAGUUUUAACAUUGCCUCAGUGUUUAUUUCUUCCUGAGACCUUCGCUUUUCUUUCCGUCCGGAUUCUGGCUUCUCUCCAGUUUGCUAGCUGCCUUUGUUUGCUAGCCGUAGCUGCCUCCGUUUGCUAGCCGUAGCUGCCUCCGUUUGCUAGCCGUAGCUGCCUCCGUUUGCUAGCCGUAGCUGCCUCCGUUUGGUAGCCGUAGCUGCCUUUGUUUGCUAGCCGUAGCUGCCUUUGUUUGCUAGCCGUAGCUGCCUUUGUUUGCUAGCCGUAGCUGCCUCCAUUUGGUAGCCGUAGCUGCCUCCGUUUGCUAGCCGUAGCUGCCUCCGUUUGCUAGCCGUAGCUGCCUUUGUUUGCUAGCCGUAGCUGCCUCCGUUUGCUAGCCGUAGCUGCCUCCACAGCCACAGUGAAGUUGCUCCCGGAGCUUUUAGGAUGCAGAGUUUUGACCACAGGUGGCGUAAACUUCUGACCUGUGAGUCCUGAAAUCUCCCAUGAUGCUCCUCUGCAGCAUGACGGUCCAGCUGUGGUGCCUGUCGUUCCGGCAGCCGUACGCCGGUCUGGUUCUGGACGGGGUGAAGACCGUGGAGAGCCGCUGGCGCCCCCUGCUGGCGCCGCUGGAGAACCGCACCCUGGCGGUCCACAUCGCCCGGCGGGACUGGGACGGGGAGGAGUGGAGGGCGGUGUUGGGCGGAGCCUGGGGGCUGAGCGCCGCCGGUGUCCAGGAGCUGCUGGAGUCUGGGGAACGCUUCGGCCGCGGCGUGGUGGCAGGCCUGGUGGAUGUGGGCGGGACCUGGCAGUGCCCCGCCUCCCUGCCAGAGGUGGAGUUAGCGGAGCUGCAGCGGUCGGCCGUUCUGAUUGGUCUAGAGCAGAAGCACCUGACCCGGCUGUCCAAUCCCCGCUGGCUGAAGGGGCCCCUUAAGGCCCCUGGGGGUCGCGACCUCUGGACCGUGGCGAUUCCCGCGGAGCUGUUGCCAUGACAACGCUGGCAGUAACGUGCUAGUAACAUCAGGGUCACCACUGGUCUCCAUGGCAACAGAAAUCUGCUGAGACCCGGCUUCCUGUGUAAGCUCCGACCCUGACCAGUCGGACCGGAACCAGACAGACGGGUUCCGGUCCGACGUCAGCUUCCAUCAUGUUUGUAAAUAUUCUGUGUUCAUCUUUGUAAUCAAUAAAUUUCUACUGGUUGAAAAUA